CCUGGUGGUUCCAAACUUCUUCUGUUCAAGAAUCAUGGAGAGCACUAUAUAUGCAACUACUAUAUUCAACAUAUAUAUAUUUUUUCUUUUGUAGCCUUCCCCAGAUCUGGGCUGCCCUCGACACAAUCCUGUCUCUGCAGAUAGUCCUGUCCUUCGACCUCAUGGCUUGGUUUUUGCCCGGAUAUACAUCGACAGUGCUGGUGUUUACCGCCCAAUCAGACCUCACACCUCUGCCCCAGCCUGCCCGCUGCGGACCACCAGGCUGAGAGAUGGGAAGUCUCGGCAGCAGGUUCCAGUCCCCGUCUCAGGGGCUCGAGGAAGUCAUAGAGGGCACAAGUACCAGUCGCAAACACAGCUGUGAGUGUAAGAAAAGGAAACGAAACGCCCCGUGUGACUGUGACAGUGAGCAAGAGGAGGACGAUGCCAUACUGGAUACACCUCGCAGGAAGAAACUGAAAAGCACAUCAAGAUACAUUUAUCAAACCUUGUUCCUGAAUGGUGAAAACAGUGACAUUCGCAUCUGUGCUCUGGGACAGGAGUGGAAUCUCCACAAAGUGUACCUGUGCCAGUCGGGAUAUUUUUCCAGUAUGUUCAGCGGCUCUUGGAAGGAGUCAAACAUGAUGGAAAUCUGCUUGGAGAUCCCGGACCAGAACAUAGACACUGAGGCUCUACAGGUGGUAUUUGGAUCUCUGUACCGGGACGACGUUCUGAUCAGGCCCAGCAGAGUCGUCAGUAUUCUCGCCGCUGCCUGCAUGCUACAACUGGAUGGUUUGAUCCAGCAAUGUGGAGAGACCAUGAAGGAAAACAUCAGUGCCAAGACUGUGUGUGGCUACUACGCUUGUGCCAGUAUCUAUGGCUUGGAUUCAGUCAUGAAAAAGUGUCUCGAAUGGCUUCUGAACAACCUGAUGACAAACCAGAAUGUCGAGCUGAUGAAAGAACUUGGGGCAGAGGUGAUGGAGCAGCUCAUUCAGUCCUCGGACCUGUUUGUCAUGCAGGUGGAAAUGGAUGUAUACACUGCUCUGAAAAAGUGGAUGUUUCUGCAGCUCAAUCCAUCAUGGGAUGGUCCCAUCAAGCAGCUUCUGGCGGACGCCGAUGCCUGGCUCUGCAAGCGCAGGACUGACCUGUGUGAGAAAGAGCCCUUCUUGAACACAGAUGAAGGUGCAUCUUUUUGCUCAGUGUUCAAAUACGUCCGUCUCCAGUACAUUAUCAACGAUCUGGCGUCUGCGCGCAUCCUGGAGAGAGAUAAUAUUUUGCCCCCUGAUUGGCUGACUUCAGUGUACAAGAACCAGUGGUUUGCGAUGCUGCGAACAGAGUUCGACAAUGACAAUGGUCCCCAGGAAGCCAACAAAGACGAGUUCGAACUGAGCAGUAUGAGGUGCGGAAGGAAGCUGACAAAAGACGGAGAUUACUGCUGGCGAUGGACAGGCUUUAACUUUGGCUUUGACCUUUUGGUGACCUACACAAACCGCUUCAUAGUCUUCAAAAGGAAUACGCUGAGUCAGCCAUGUGGGGGAGCCGUGAGUCUGACGGCUCGGAGACACCUGGCAUACAGGUUACGUCUCGCCUCCUUUGACAGCCGUGGAAAACUGGUCUGCAGUCGCUCUACGGGUUACCAGCUUCUCACACUUGAGAAAGACCAGGAGUAUGUGGUGAUGCACCUGGACAGCCGCUUGUUAUCAUUCCCGCUCUACGUGUGCUGUAACUUCCUGUACACGUCACACCAGUCGGACAACCGUCCAGAUUGCUCGGAGAAAGAAAGCAGUGCCCACAGUGUGUCUUGAUGCCUGUCCAACCACCGCCAAGACACUGACACAAGCUUUUAUGUACAAUCCACCACCACAAUUAACAACAUUUCCACGUUGGACAUGUCAUCCUUAUGCUCUGUAACUCAGUGCGGUGUGACGGGAGGCAGAAACCAAAUCUUUGAAAAGGCCUCCUCACACUGCAGAGCAAACCUCAGGUUUGGGAACUUCCAUGAGAGCUGUAUGUCUAAAGCUGGGAUACAGACCCACUCUUGGAAAACAGAAAUUGCUGGUGUAUGUCAACACACACAAUCUAAUUGUGGGCUGUCAGAAGGGCAGUCGUUGCACUGCCUUGUAUGGGAAGUUUCAAGUCUGUCCCUCAUCUUAUGUACAUUCAAAGUUGGGUGUGGGUGGAGGUGUGUGAGCCUUUGCUCCACUGGUGGGUGAGUUCGAAAACACGACCAGUAAUGCUUUGAACCGGGUGGACACAAUUUUUUGUUUUUUACUCUGUUCCUAAUUGGCACUUUCACGAACUGGAAUUAUUGGCUCAGUGCAGCAAGAAAACAAAAUACCACAAAUACCAACAGCAUUGUAUAAUACUAAACACAUACCUCAUGUGGCCCUUUGUGGCAGAACCCAAAAGGCGAACACUUAAAAGCUAUAAGAACAAAUCAUUUGAGGUUUGUCACAGCAACUUUACCACCUGCUGCUGAUAGACACUGUGUCAUACCUACUGCCUCAUGUUGCCUACUCUCCUUUUAAGCACCUUUCUCCACACUCGCUGUAAAAAGUUCCACACCAGCAGGGUUGAAUGGAGUGCAGCCGAUGACAACACCCCAACAGAUCCAACUGCCAGAUGUGGUAAAAGCUGAAUAUUCAGCCUGUUUUAACUUGUUUAGUGUACUGGGUCCACGGGUUAAUCUCACUUUGGUAGGUAAAUUAAGUCUUAAUUUGGGUUUGUCUGCAUGUUAUUCUACACCGGAGCCACUUCUGUGAUAGAAAUCUCACCACCUCUUCAGUAAACUUGAGAACGAGGCCUCAACGAAGGACCUGACUUUUUAAAAUAUGAACUGAAAAAAAAAAAAAAGACAUAAAACUUAUAUGAUGAAAUAUAGCCUUAGUGUUAGGGUGGGUGAGCCCUAACACAUCAUGAGGUCAAAAGGUCAGACUUCACCCAAUAAAACUUUCUUCGUGAGACAUGAGGCCUCAUGAUUCUUCAUGUGAAUAACUGUCACAGACACCGGCUCCCUGACGUCCACAUCACUGUUAUUGUCACACGUGAGCAGACAUAUUUUCGGCUGCUCCCCCCUCACCACACAAAGCACCCUUGCAGUUCUAUUGUUGUACAUUUUUCUAAUGCAGUUUUCACUAUUUGUUACCUCGUGCUGUUUCAAAAACUGAAUGUGGGGACUUUCAGACCUGUAAAGCUUGUAACUCACCUGUACACCUAGAGCUGUAACUGUCAUCAGGUCAAACUUUAAAGUUGUCUUUUUUUAUUAUUUGGCAUUUAUUUAUUUUUUACUUCAUUUGUAUUUGUAUGGACUUGUGUUUUAAUUUUUUUUUUCUUUCAAAAAGAAAGUAUGUACACAAUCGUCAACUGCCAAUAAAACUGCCCGUUGACACGGGCUGUGGUGCUAUCA